CAAAAUCAAGUAGGAAACUUACUUUCCUAUAUUUAGCAAACGAUGUCAUCCAGAACAGUAAGAGGAAAGGUCCCGAAUUUACCAGGGAAUUUGAAUCUGUUCUUGUGGAUGCAUUUUCUCAUGUUGCCAGAGAAGCAGAUGAGGGCUGCAAAAAGCCCUUGGAACGAUUGCUUAACAUCUGGCAGGAGAGGAGCGUGUAUGGCAGCGAGUUCAUACAGCAGCUGAAGCUGUCCAUGGAGGACUCCAACAGCCCCCAAACUAAAGUUGCAGAGGAGAAGAAGUCUUUAAAGCGGACUUUUCAGCAAAUACAAGAGGAGGAAGAUGACGAUUACCCUGGGAGCUACUCACCGCAAGACCCUAGUGCUGGGCCACUGCUGACCGAGGAUUUGAUCAAAGCGCUACAAGACCUGGAAAACGCAGCAUCAGGAGAUGCGACAGUGCGGCAGAAAAUUGCCUCCCUGCCUCAGGAAGUUCAGGAUGUUUCAUUACUGGAGAAAAUUACAGACAAAGAGGCAGCCGAACGUCUCUCGAAGACCGUGGACGAAGCGUGCCUGCUCCUGGCGGAAUACAACGGCCGGCUGGCAGCAGAGCUGGAGGACCGGCGCCAGCUGGCCCGCAUGCUGAUCGAGUACACCCAGAACCAGAAGGAUGUGCUAACAGAGAAGGAGAAGAAGCUGGAAGAGCUGCUGUGCUUUGAUUUUUCAGAGAAGGUGAAGAGAAUUUCUGUCAUGGAGAGGGAAUAUAAGCAGAAGCUUGCUCGGGUAACCCAGGUCCGCAAGGAGCUGAAAUCCCACAUCCAGAGCCUUCCAGAUCUGUCACUGCUGCCCAAUGUCACGGGAGGUCUGGCACCUCUGCCGUCUGCUGGUGACCUGUUUUCAACAGACUAGAACAAAUGGUGUCCCCCAGUUUCCGUUAUUACCAGCAGAAGUAAGAAGACUCUGGUGUUGACUGGAAAUCCAGUCUUCCAAGACCGACAGUAGGAAGGAACUUGCAGACCCUGCUUUCAACCUCUUGGCUGCUCAUGCUC